AUGGCGGCAGACCAACAACUUACACUAUACGAUCUCGCAACGAGACCAUUAAGGUCUCCUUCAUUGAGUAUAUCCUCACAUAACUCAUCGUCGUUUAGUAAUGGCUACAAGAGAAGGUUUGAUGAUCGAUCAACUACAAAGACCAGUUUGGCACUACGAUCAUACCGAAGUAAAAGAAAUUUAAGACAACAGCGUAACGAAUCAUCACAAGUGGGUAGUUUGUUCAAGUGGUCAGAGUUGUCUAAAAUUACCACCUUCAUUACCUCAUUAAACUUUGAGACUACGUAUGGGAAAGUCAUUCAAGUUAAAUCCAAUGCGAUAUAUAUUGCUCUAAGCACCGCCAAUGGGAAAAUCAUAAUCUUCAAUUACAACCAGGACAUACAAUUUACCCUAGAUGGUCAAGAGUCGGGAGAUAUAUCAAGUAUGGCAUUCAGCUCAGACUCAUCGUUCUUUGCAGCUGGUUUCAGAGAUGGUGCAAUUAGAUUAUGGGAAUUGAAAUCAGAAUUGGCCAAACCCUACUUCACGAUUUACCCAAACUCCAAAAAUGGCCAUGAAAUGAAUCAUAGCAUCAAGUUUUUAGCAUUUAUCGAACUGCAGACGCAUAAUCUUAUAAGUCUAGACGAAGCGGGAGUUGUGAUCAAGCACAAUGGGUUUCGCAAAUUACGCAAUGUUUACUUUUUCAGUGAACGACUAUUCACCACCGAAGGUAGGAUUCAAAGUUCGAGUAUGUUGCCCAUUGGUUCCUCUCAUCAAGUGACUGAUGGGAUGGGCAUACUUGCAUUAAUGACGCGUGAUGUGCUAUCUAUAUACUCAACUACUUCGCUAAACGAUUCUGCAUUGUCACAAGUGAAGACACAGUAUAAAAUUGGAGUGAAGAGUUUGGAAAAUGUUACUGCAUUAUCUUGGUUUCCAUGCACUAAAACUUUGAAUGGAGUGAGUAAUGCCAAGCUAGCUUAUAGUUGGAACAAUGUGUUGGGGAUAUUAGAGUUGAACAAUAAGGUGUUUCCUUCUAAUUUCUUAAAAAUUGUUAAUGAAGCCAGGGAUAAGGAUAAAGUUGUUCCGAAAUUACCAUUCUUAAAGACUGCUAAGCGGACUCUUGAAGGGAAUGUAACUGAUAUCAAGUGGAUACAAUCCGAUGUGGUGUGUGUUUUUACUCGUGAAAAGAUGUCGACUUUUUACUACGACGGAACUGCGCUUGAGCUUAUUGGAGAGGAUAUCUUAGGAGAGUAUCUACAAUUGAGCUCAGCUAAACGUUGUUUUAUACUACUGCAGAACCAAAAACUUUUCCUCGGACGACAGCUAAGUUGGGCCGAUAUCCUAUUGGAGAAGAUUUCCGCUUCAAAUUACUUCGAAGCAUUGGAAAUAGCUGAUGAGUAUUACAAUACCAACUCAGUAGGGAAGUUGGUGGCUGUUGGAUUACCCACUGAUAAGACCAAGAGAUCUACAUUAGUCCGACCUUAUUUGGUUGAGAUUAUGAAGGAGUCAUUACUGCAUUUACAGUCUAUUGAACCUGCGAAGUAUUUGGAAAAGUACUUGACCAUAAUUGCAUAUGUUGGGUAUAGUGACAUCUUAGAGGAAAUGUUGUCCGUAGUCGACAAUGAUCAAGUGUUUUUUCAAGCUUUAGAACCAUUCAUAUUCUCAGAGUCGAUCUUAAUCUUGCCUCCUGCGGUAUUGAAACUCUUGGUGGAAUAUUAUGCAUCAAAUGGUGAUCUUUUGACUGAAAUUUUGUGCACUUUGGACAUAAGAUGUUUGGAUAUCGAUUUGACGAUCCUGUUGUGUAAAAAGUAUGAUUUACGUGAAUGUUUGAUUUAUAUUUGGAAUUAUUUAUUGGGUGAUUAUGAAACUCCAAUGUUGGAUUUUAUUAAAGAUUUUCGACAGCUUGAUCCACUGUUGGUUAAUACAGAGAAUGCGUUCAUGGGGUACACUUAUAUUUCAUUUAUCUUCACUGGGAGACAAUUUCCUACUGAUAAAUUCAUUGCCACUGACGAACCAACACAGACUAUAUGUGAUAUUUUAUUUUCAAGCGGGUCCAUUACUCGUAAUGGUGAAGUCGUACAUGCACUUGACGAUGACACGAUAUUUCCUUAUUUGUACACUUUUCUCAAAACAGAUUCGUUUCAGUUGCUCUCUGCUAUGAACGAAUUUUUUGAGUCAUCAUACUUGAAUGAUAAUACAAGAUAUACCAGACAGUUUUUGAUUGAAGCGUUGUUGGAUUUAUAUGAAGCAAACAAAUUUUCUGAGUAUGAUAAAUGCCAAUUAGCAAUAUUUACUGCGAGGAAUUAUCCCAAGUAUCCCCAGUUUAUUAGACUUUCAGAAUCUACAUUGGAUGCAGUCAUUGACAGGUUGUGUUCAAACAAGGAUCCAGAAAUUGCUCAAGAUUGUGAAUUGGCUUUACAAAGUCUUACUUCUGUUUACUUACCAGAAGAUGAUCACUUUGUUGAGAAGUUGGAAAUGGGUGGAUUUCACAAUGUCUUGGUCACAUUGUAUAGUUCCGAACAAAAAUAUGCCAAUGCAUUGGAACUGUUGUUGUUGAAGGAUGUAAAUGAAGAGGGAUUCAUGGGGGAAUUUCAAACUAUUGUCAAUGAUGCAUUUACAAAGGGUAAAGAUGCAAAUGAAAGAAUCAACUUGGUUCGGGUAUUAAAGGCAAAUUUUGCUAAGCUUGUUUUAUUAGAUGUUGAUGAGUUUUUCACUUUGAUUGAAAAAUAUGUUCCACAUCUUCACAAGGAGAUAUUAAGUGUAAAUGACGAUGUAUUGAAGUAUCGAUACUUGUCGAAGUUGUUUAUGGAGGGGCAUGGAUUGGGUGAAUUCCUUCGCGAAUAUAUUCGGUUAUCCAUUGUAUUUGAAAAAGGGUCAGUGACUGGUAUUGUAGAGAAAUUUAAAGAUAUGAUCAAUGGGGAUGAGAAUAUAAUGACUCUUUUGAAGGAAAACGAGAUCAUUGACGGUCAAGCAAUUAUAUUUUCUCAACAGCACAAGUUUGAAGAUGCGGUGCUGGUCAUCGUAGACCGUUUAAAGCUAAUACAAGACCUUGUAUUCAAAGACGAAUGUGAAUCAUAUGUAAAUCUUGCAUGUACAAUUUGUGAACACCCCGCAGCAUACAAAAACACCACCGACGGAAUGACGCUAAAUGAACGACUAUGGCUAAAUUUAAUUACAUCUUUAGUUGACCUUGCCAAUACUGCUACAUCACCACCAGUUCAUGAGUUUUUCAAUGGUUGCAUUCAUGAUUGUUUUCGCAAAAUCAGUGAUUACAAAUUAUCAAAUUCUAAAGAUGAGCAGUCAUUCUCCACUAUUUUCACCCAUUUUUUACAAGUUUAUUCCAAUGAUAAUAAUAAUGCAAAUUUUGCCAAGUUGUCGAAUAUUAGAGGUAUUUUGCAAGAGGUGUUUAUUUCUUAUUCGUAUGAAGGGGAGAUUCUGGAGAUCUUGUUGCGAAUGUUGAAUGAUGCCGUUUAUAAGAAUAUGAUGGUUGUUAGGCUGAUUAAGCAUAGGGGAGUAGCUAAUUAG